AUGCCACCACAACUUUUGAAAAUACAUUCACAAAAUGUUCAAGGCUUCAAUUCGCCUCAGAAGCGGGCUAAAGUUUUUCAUCACCUCAAAUCGCAACAAAUUGACAUGGUAUGUUUACAGGAGUCCAGGUUUUCUCAGUCCUCCGCCCCAUGGUAUCUUUCGCCUCAUUAUCCCACUUUUUACAUUGCCUUGGCUCCUGAGAAACGCCAGGUCGUACUGAUAGCUUUCAACGCAAUCUUCCCAUUGUCUGUGCUCGGAAUAUAGCGGACCCAUCGGGCAAAUAUUUGCUCCUGCCGGGCACUCUCUGGGAUCAGGAGGUUACUUUUGUCUCUUACUACGUGCCCAAUCGCUUUCAGCAUAAAUUCUUUUCUCAUCUUUGCACCACCGUUUCCUGA